ACAAAGACGAACGCAUAAAAUUGUAGUAAAAUACCAUUUAAAUCAAUCGAAUACAAUCAAUGUCAAGAUUGACGAUCGUUGUUAUGUGCAUUGCGGCCAUUUUCGUCAGUUUGACGAUGAAUGGCUGCGAUGCACGACGCAUUCAAGUUGAUGAUUUGGACGUGGCUGCAUCAGACAAACACGAAUGGAAAAAAGGUGAAGAAGAAGACUAUCAUCACAGUGGAUAUGGUAAACAUGGAAAGAAAGGCGAUAAAGGUUACGAAGAAAAGCAUGGAGAAGAAGAAGGUAAAAAAGGUCACCAUGACAAAGCAGACCACGAAGGUGAAUACGAAGAGAAGAAGGGACACAAGAAAAAAUAUUAUGAUGAUUCCGGAUAUCAUUCGAAAAAAGAAGAAGGAAAGAAGGGUGAAAAAGGCCACAAAUUUCACGAAGAAGGUAGCUUUAAAAAAGGUCAUUCAACCAAAGGCAAGCAUGUCAUUCAUAAGUUAGAUGAAUCCGAAAAGAAGAAAGACUAUUUUGACGAAGAUUAUGAUGGUGCAUACGAUGAGGAGCACGGUGAUUUUCAUGAAAACCAUGGAUCGAAAAAGGGUGGAUCACACAAAAAAGGACAUUUUAACAAAUCAUUUGAGGAAAAAGAGGCUGGCAAGAAGGGUCACGGCAAAAAAGGACAUCAUCAUCAUGACGAAUCAGGAUACAAAGGCGAAAAAGGCGAAGAAAGCAAGUACGGUCACAAAAGCGAAAAAGGAAAGAAAGGCGGAAGUAAAAAGGGUGAAAAAUGGGGUCAUAAAAAAGGCUACUGAUUCGAACUGACGAAUAUACUACGCCUGAACGAGCUUUGUCUUAGCCAAACUGUUAGAAACGUUAAUUUGGUUUUUCAUUCAUCAACUGUAGUAAUUGUGAUCCUAUGAAAAUUUGCUAAAAAUAUGUAUGUACUGUGUUGAA